CUGGCUAACGGUAAAAUGCACUCGGCAUCAAAUUUAACGAAUAAGUUCCAAAUCGAACGUGAAGGCAUGAUGUCGUGGAGCGAGAGAGUAGUGAGCAGACGUCGCGCGGUAGCGAACACCGACUCGGACUCGCUGGAGGAUAACGAACCUCCACUCCCACCCCAGCCGCUGCCUCAGAAGAAGUGCAGUAGUUGCUCGUGUCGGAGAUCUAACCAGUCCACGAUGUCGGUGCAGGAGAAACCCGGCGACAAGAGGGGUAAAGAGUUCGGCCUGCAGCAACUGGAGUCGAAGUUGUAUAACGCCGAGCUGGAGGAGGCGAUGCACACGGAACGACUGGAAAGGACACAGGGGCGUCUGCACCGAGCGGCGCAACUCAUGGAGGCGCAAGUGUUGUACACCCAGAGUCUGGACUUGAGAGCUAGAGCAGUGGCGAGACUGACUCAACUGACGGGGAACUUCGCCUACAAAGACCUUACGCCGUCGGACACCCUGGCGCAGACUCUGGACAAGGCCGUCUGCUGGGACGGCAGCCUGCUGGAGCGCCUGGGAGAGGUGCAAAGUGCGGCGUCCAGAGAACCACCUGAGAGGCUCUUCCAACUGCUGGAAGAGUUCAGAGAGAAGCGCAAGGACUACCAGAGCACGUCCAACAACUUUGGGCAAUAUCUGCGCAGCGCCACUAAAGUGUCCUCGAGUCAGCUGCGGCACUUUGAGACUCGGUACGACUCUAUCAGAGGAAGCUAUGACCACAGCCGACAACUGCUGGAGACUGAACUGCCCAAGUUGAUUGACGAGCGCCACGAAAUUCUACAACACUGUUUCACAAAACUGAUUCCUGUUCAUGAGAAAAUCAUCGAACAAGAUAAAAGAUUUUUGCUUUUGUUAAGGGAAAUGUCAAAGAGCUUGCAGGACUCCUCAAAGAAUCAAUCCUGUCGCCACGGCUGUAAUGACAAGUACCCUCAACUUCAGAGUAAUAAAUCAUAUAAUCAAAGUUAAAAAAUCUGAAAGCUAACAUAAUAAAUUGUCUUGCUAUUGAAAA